AUGUCAGCAGAAUGUAUCAAGUCCGAGUUGACGCAAACAGUUAUUGAGAAAAACGGGUAUUUAGAAGUACCCCCUUUAUCGGCUAUAUCUGAUUCUUCACCUUUGGAGUUUUUUAUAGCUGGAACUGGAGAAGAUUACAUCGAUCUAAAUAACACGUUGUACCUACGUCUUAAAAUCACAAGACCUAAUGGUGCAGAUUUAGCAAAUGAUGCAAAGGUCGGACUGAUAAAUUACCCUGGGGCUACUGUAUUUUCACAAGUCGAUGUGAGUCUCGGUGAUCGAUUGAUAUCUCAGAGUUCAAGGACAUAUGCUUAUCGAUGUAUCAUCGAGAGUCUCAUCAACUACAGUAAAGAUGCGCUGGAAUCGCUUUUCUCCACAGGGCUGUUUUACAAAGACACAGCCGGUCAUAUGGAUGAGACCGACCCUGGCGGUGAUAACCAGGGGUUGACAAAGAGGGCUUCUUACACAGCGAACAGUCGAGUGGUGGAACUGUUGGCACCUAUACACAGCGAUAUCUUCUUUCAGGAAAAGUUAAUGUUGAAUGGUGUGGACAUUAAAAUACGUAUGAUCAGAGCCAAAGACGAAUUCUGCCUGAUGAGAGACGGUGAUGUGGCGUACAAAUUAAAUAUUCAGUCAGCGAGCCUAUUCGUCAAGAAAGUCACUGUAUCACCGCCUGUGAGACUGGGACAUGCCCAGGCAUUACUCUCGAGCACAGCCAAGUAUCCGAUAGAUCGGGUUUGCUUGAAAAAUUUCUCCAUACCGGCUGGGUCUCGUGUGUCAAAUCAAGAAAAUUUGUUUUUAGGAACACUACCAAAAUCUAUCAUCCUGGGUAUGGUCGAUAAUGACGCCUUCACAGGCACCUACGAGAAAAACCCAUUUGCAUUCAAACAUUACAAUUUGGAGUUCCUUGCAGUCUAUGUUGACGGUCAGCAAUUCCCCACCAAACCACUACAACCAAAUUUUGAAUCAGGGUUGGCGGUACGAGAAUUUUAUCAGUUGGCGAUGGCGUCUGGAAGACAUCUUAAAAAUCAACCGCUCUCUAUCGACAGAAAUGAUUUUCUGAACGGUUACACCCUUUAUGCCUUUAAUCUCACACCUGACGAAGACUGUGGUCAGCACAUAUCACUCAUCAAGUCCGGUAACAUCAGACUCGAGGCCCGCUUCAGACAACCGUUACCGCAUACUAUUAACUUAAUUGUUUAUGCUGUUUUUGACAGUCUGAUUGAAAUUUCUAACCGCAGACAGGUUCUGGUCAAUUACUAUUGA